AUGGCACCCUCCCCGACAGAAGCAACAAAAUCCCUAAACCAAACCCUCCAAACCUCCCUCCCGACCCCCGUCGCCGACGCCAUCCCCCGCCUCCCCGAAUCCAAAGACGAGCUCAAAGCCGACACGAAAGCGGCAGCCUCGGGCCUCGCAACCCAACUCCGCUCCCUCGCGGCAGGCGGCUUCGGCGGCGUCUGCGCCGUCGUCGUAGGCCACCCCUUUGACCUCGUCAAGGUCCGCCUCCAGACCGCCGACAAGGGCGUCUACUCCUCCGCCAUCGACGUCGUCCGCAAGAGCGUCGCGCGCGAUGGCUUGCGGAGGGGUCUGUAUGCCGGCGUGAGCGCGCCGCUGGUGGGCGUCACGCCAAUGUUCGCCGUCUCCUUCUGGGCCUACGACCUAGGCAAGACCCUCGUCCGCACAACCUCCUCCGCCCCCGACGCCCCCCUCACCAUAGCCCAGGUCUCCGCCGCAGGCUUCUUCUCCGCCAUCCCCAUGACCGCAAUCACCGCCCCCUUCGAGCGCGUAAAAGUGAUCCUCCAGGUCCAGUCCCAGCGCCUGAAGCCGGGCGAGUCCCCCAAAUACAAAGGCGGCACCGACGUCGUCCGCCAGCUCUACGCCGAGGGCGGGGUGCGGUCCGUCUUCCGCGGCUCCGUCGCCACGCUCGCGCGCGACGGCCCCGGCAGCGCGGCGUACUUCGCCGCCUACGAGUACAUCAAGCGACGGCUCACCCCCAAGGACCCCGUCACGGGCAAGCCCUCGGGCGAGCUGAGUUUGCUCGCCGUCACGGCUGCCGGUGCGGCGGCGGGCGUGGCGAUGUGGAUCCCCGUGUUCCCCGUCGACACGGUCAAGUCGCGCCUGCAGACGGCCGAGGGGAACGUCACGCUUGGCGGCGUGGUGCGCGAGGUGUACGGACGGGGCGGUGUGAAGGCUUUCUUCCCUGGUUUCGGACCCGCGCUGGCGAGAGCUGUGCCCGCGAACGCGGCUACGUUCCUUGGUGUCGAGUUGGCGCACCAGGCUAUGAACAAGGCUUUCAACUAA